AUGGCCCGGCAUAUCCGGCGCAAGGGUGUGUCUGCUGGCCCCCUUCGUUCCAAGCAGUUCCCUAUGGGCUUGCCGUCCCUGAACGGAGUCGACCGGGCAAAGGUCGAGGCUGCAAACCAGAUUUACACUAAGCUGGGUCGUUUCCUGCAGGACUUGGGUCGUCGUGCCAUUCCUUGGUCUGUCGAGAAUCCUGAGUCGAGUAUGCUCUGGCAGCUGCCGUGUUUUCAGCCCUUGGUGCAGGACAACCAUGUCUUCUCCUUUGACAUGUGUUGUUACGGGGGGUCCCGCCUGACCCACAGGUCUUUGCUCACUUCGUGCUUUGGGCUUCGCCAUUUUCGCCAGCGGUGUUCCGGGGGACAUGAACAUUUGCCGUGGACACCAAAGGUUGCCCCAGGUGGAAAAGUGCACUUCCCUACGGCAGACGAAGCGGCAUAUCCGCGUCCGUUCUGCGUGCAAUUUGUGGCGCUCGUUUUCCGCCACCUUGGGCGGCCCUUGCCUGCCACGCCUGCCCCUCAGGUGUCAGCCCAGGCGUCUGCCUCUUCAGCUCGCCAGCCCCGUGGGCGCCGUAUCCCUCCUGUCAUGCCUGAGUUCAAGCGUGUGCUCGUGUAUCAGGUUGCUGCGUUGCCCCAGGUGGAUCACAAGCGUCGCUUGCUGCAACCUUUGCGGGAUGCCCCGGCGGGCUCCAAGCUUAUCUCCUCGACGUCUUUGCUCUCUGAAGUGGGGUUGAGUAGUGCCUCGGAGACAACGGUUCAGGCGGUUGCCGAGCUAGUUGAUUCGAGCUCGUCUGAGUCAGGUGACACUGCGUCUCCUGUGGGCCCGGAUGACCAGGCCAGCACGUGCUUUGAAGUGUCGCUGGGUGUGUAUGCUUCCCCCGAAGAAUUUGUGGAUGAAUGCCUGAACGUAGAGCACCCCUUUGAUCAGCUGCAUGCUGCGCCCGAUGUGCUCAAACAGUGCCUUUUUGACAUGCUGACCAAGGGGCCUGCUUGGGUCGUGGAUCGUAGGGCAAAGCUACUCAAGAAGUGGACCCAGUGGGCUCGCGACCUUGAGGCCGAGGAGGCAGGCCUUCGCAAGUCGUUAGACCUUGAGGUGGCAAAGGUGUUGCAAGGUAAAAGGCUCCUGCUUCUUGAGAAGAUUGCGUCGUCAAUCGGCUGGGUUGACAUGGGCGUUUUUGCUGAGCUUAGGAAGGGCUUUGAUUUGGUGGGGCAUGCAAAGCACACGGGAGUUUUCGCGCUUGAGUCCAGGCCUCCGAAGCUUCCUAAGGAUGACUUUCUUGCUGCCACAAAAUUUCUUAGGCCAGCCCUGCUGGGUAAGGUAAAAUCGUCGUCCAUGGAUCGUAAUGCACGUGAGCUGUGGGAAAAGACGAUGCAGGAGGUGGAGAGUGGUAUGUUGGAGGGACCUCUGUCGUCGCAGCAGCUGGAUGAUAGGCAUCCCUCUGGCUGGUUGCCCACUCGGCGUUUCGGGGUGGAACAGACUUCUGCUGCCGGGCGCAAGCUGCGGCCUGUUGAUGAUUUCACCGAGAACAAGGUGAAUCUUGCUUUUGGGUCUAUGGAUAAGCUGGACUUGAAUGCGCUUGAUCAACUUAUCUGCACCUGCCGCAUUUGGGCAAGGGCCAUGUGUGGGGGGCAUGAUUGUGAGCUCGUGCUUUCCUCGGGGCUUGUGCUAAAGGGCCGUGUGCAUCCUGGUUGGAAGAAGGCAGGGCAUCAGCCGCUUCUGACCACACUUGAUCUUCGAGCUGCUUACAAGCAGUUCGCAGUGUCAGCCGACUCGCGAGCUUGGGCAGUUAUCGCUUUGCUUAACCCUGAUACGCUGGUGCCGGGCCUUUUCGAGUCGAAGGCGUUGCCUUUUGGCAGCGCGGCCUCGGUGCUGCAUUUCAACCGCCUCUCGAGAUUGUUGUGGAGGUUGGGGGUUGAGCUUUUGAUCCCAUGGGGAAACUUUUUCGACGACUUCCCUGCAAUGUCACCGAGUGCCAUUUCAGACAAUACCAUGAGUACAAUGACUGCCUUGUGUUCCCUUCUCGGGUUCGCCUUUGCUGACGAUAAGCUCAGCCCCUUCCAGCCUGCUGCCACCAUGUUGGGGGUUGAGGUCGAUUGUUCAAGGUGUGAUGAGGGUUUGGUGCUCGUAAGGAACAAGCCUGGUCGUGCUGAGGAACUCGUGGUGUCUCUUGAGGAGUUUCUGCGCGAGGGAGUGAUCUCUCGAAAGCGUUACCUCAGUCUCAUGGGUCGACUCCACUACACUGAUUCGUACAUACUUGGUAAGUCGGGCCGUUUGAUCAUGGCGGACAUUCGCUCGUGGGCAAGAGGGCAUUGUUCCGAUGAGUUGGUCUUGGACGAUGCAGCACGGGAAUCGCUGCGUCUGUUCAUUGCGCGUCUCCGUGCUUGUGAGCCUCGCCAGGUGCCUUGUGGAGUGGCGAGCCACGUUGUGCACGUCUUCACGGAUGGCGCCAGCGAGGGUGAGGUGCACUCGAUUGGUGGGGUCCUUGUAGUGCCAGGACGGCUGCAUUCUUGCUUUGGGUCUCUUGUUCCCGAUCAUUUGAUCAGCAAAUGGACCUCCACGAUGCGACACAUUAUCGGGCCGGUUGAAUCAUAUGCAGUUGCGGUGGCAAGGAGAGUUUGGCACCAGUUCAUUGCUUCGCAGCGCGCUUUGUUUUUCAUCGAUAAUGUGCAGGCACAAGAUUCCUACAUAAAGGGCACCUCUGCCAACCCUUACGUGCGGGAAAUCCUCCUUUCUUUUGAGGAGUCGGAAAAACUUUCCCCUUCCUGGACGUGGUUCGCCCGUGUGGCGAGUCCAAGCAAUGUCGCAGACGAGCCGUCACGUGCUGCCUUCGAGUUUUUGCAUAAGGCUCAAUGUCGCAGGGUCACUCCCUCGUGUCCCAUCAGUGGUUUUGACCUUGUGGAUCUUGGCGCCCUUGGAAAAAUUUGA